CCCACUACUGAAGCUCAACAAACCCGAUACACCAGUAGUUCCAGCACCAGCACUGCUUACAACGACAUCACCGCUCGAUGUUGCGCUGCCCGAUCCAGACGUUAAGGUCACCGUUCCACCAGAACCACCGGUUGCACUCAGACCACCUGCUACUGUCACAGCGCCACCAGUACCCGUUGCACCGUUUCCAGCUGAAAGGGAAACAGCGCCGCCUACACCGCUCGCAGUUGAUACACCGCUUGCAAUAGUAACUGCACCGGUCGAUCCGUACGCCGAAGUUCCACUGGAUACAACGACGGCACCACUUAAGCCCGAAGUUCCAGCGAUCGCCGUUUGAAUGCCAACAGAACCAGACGAGCCAGCGGCACUUGUACCCGACACAACUUGAACGCUUCCUCCGGUUGCAAUGCCUGUGCCUCCACUUAAGUAGACACUGCCACCAACCCCAGUCGACGCUUGAGUGCUCGUUCCAGCAGUGAUUGAGAUAAUGCCACCUGUUCCAGUGUUACCGGACCCAACUGUCAUCAAAAUGGACCCUCCUUUGCCGCCUGCAGCAUCACCAGACCCCAAAAUGACAUUGCCAGAGCUGCCAGACGUAGCCGUCCCACUACUGAAGCUCAACAAACCCGAUACACCAGUAGUUCCAGCACCAGCACUGCUUACAACAACAUCACCGCUCGUUGUUGCGCUGCCAGAACCAGACGUUAAACUAACCGCGCCACCCAUGCCUGAGGUUGACACUCCGCCAGCCAAACUCAACGCACCCCCAGUACCCGACACCGACGAACCACCAACAAUUGAGACAACACCACCUGCAAACGUAGUCGAAGAAGUCGAGCCGCUCAAAGUCAAUGAUCCACCAAUACCAGAACUAGCAGUUCCAGGUACUAAACUUAUCGACCCACCCGUCGCAACUCCAGUGCCGCCGCUCAAGUACACGCUUCCACCCACUCCGGUGGAAGCUUCCGUGCUAGCGCCAGCCUUGAGGGACACGAUGCCGCCAGUGCCAGUGUUGCCAGACCCAACGGUCAUCAAGAUGGAGCCACCCUUGCCACCUGCAGCGGUUCCAGACCCAAGAAUCAAGUUGCCAGAGCUGCCCACCGACGAC